AUGGCCUCUACUAGUAUGGGUGCUCCUUACUUCAAGAGAAAUGCUGAUGCCGAGGCCAACCACGAAAAGCGUGAUGCCGAACCAUACUACUAUUAUUACAAACGUGAUGCCGAUGCAUCCCCCGAACCAUACUACUAUUAUUACAAAC